UGUAAUUUUAAUUUCGAUAAAAAUAUUACAAUUGAUGUAAACAGUUUAAAGUUUAACUUUGUUUUCUAUAAAAUAUAAAUAUAUAUUUAAACAUUUAAUUCUAUCGUGUUUAUUAUAGUUUCGAUAUAUAUUUUCUGCUACAUAAUAUUUACUGUAUAUUAUAUAAUAAUAUAUAAUAUAAUGUUGUUCAAAAAUCAAAUCGAUCGUAUUCUGAACCGUCUGCAUUCAAAUUCGGACGAUUAUGUCGAAGAAGUGUAUUAUUGCAGUGGCCACGAUACAAAAGCUAUGAACCACCUAAAAAAUAUGUACAAAAAAUGCAGAAUUUGUAAAAGUUCUUUGAGAUGGCCGUUAACGAAAAUUGUAAAAUGCCAAAAUUGUUUUUUGACGUGUCACAAAUCUUGUAUAAAGUCGAUAAUGUGUCCACUGGGAAAAAAAUCUGACGAUCGACUCAUGGGCAUAUUUGACUCUGAAGUUUAUACGGGACAGCCUUGGGAGAUGGAGGAUUGUGUAAGGCUCAUACAGUCAUAAUAAUAUAGUCCUGCUGCAGGUCUGUAAUUGUCAUCUCUGGGAUGUUUUGUUACGACCCGUUUGAUAAGUUUCGACUAGUGAAAUGUAUUCAUUUUCAGAUUUAUUCUGCAGUUCUUAAAUGUCUAUUUUUAUGCAUAUAAUAAAUGUUCAUUUAUUGUAAAAUUAUCUUUUAAAUGUAAUUUGAAAAACGGCAUGUCAGUAGCAUACCGUGCAUGAUUGUUAAAAAUUAUAUUACCUACUGUUUUUUUAUUAAUUGUAUUAUAUAUUUGUUUUCUAAAUUCAAGAUUGUAUCCACUGUUUUAUAUUAUAUUAUAUUAUAUAUUUAUUGUAUCUGAAAUGUAUCUACCUACAUAUUAAUUUUAAAUUG